AUGGCCUCAUCAUCAACACCUCCUACACCUCUUCUCUAUUCGUGCAUCGCACACAACAGCACAAUCCUUGCCGAAUGCACAACAUCGGCAUCGUCACAGACAUCGUCGCUCGCGUCCCUCGUCCUGCCGAAAAUCACGCACACUUCUCCGCAGAAGCUGACGUACACGCACGGCGCCCACCACAUACACUACAUCGCCGAGGCGCCCUCGGACCAUGGCCCACACGCCGCCAGCGCGGGCGGUCUGACCUUCCUGGUCAUCGCUGACUCGUCGGUGGGCCGCAGCGUACCCUUUGGCUACCUGUUUGAGAUCCGACGGCGCUUCUUGGAGGAGUACCCGCCCGACUCGACCGACUUUGCCGAUCAGCCCAACUACGGCGCCGCCAGCUUCAACGGCGAGCUGCGCCGGUUGAUGGUUGAGAUUGGGAGCACGCGCCAGGGCCGAGACGACGCCGUACAGAACGCCCAGCGUGAGAUUGACGAUGUCCGGGGCAUUAUGACGCGCAACAUCGAGGGUCUGCUCGAGCGCGGCGAACGGAUCGACCUGCUGGUCGACAAGACGGACCGGCUCGGCGGCUCAGCUCGCGAGUUCCGCGUGCGUAGCCGCGGGCUCAAGCGUCAAAUGUGGUGGAAAAAUGUUAAGCUCAUGGGCUUGCUUGGUCUCGUCAUGUUUUUGAUAUUGUUGACCAUCAUUAUCGCAGUGAAAAACUCAUGA